UCAACUUUAAAACUAUACAUUCGAUUCAUUUAGUUAUUUGAUUUCACAUCGUUCAAAGCUCAUUCUUAUCAAGAUGAAUAAAGUAGAUGUUGAAUCAUCAAUACCAGCAUUUUAUGCUGGUAAAAGUGUAUUUAUAACUGGUGGUACUGGUUUUAUGGGUAAAAUAUUGGUGGAGAAAUUAUUAUGGUCAUGUCCAGAUAUUCGAGAAAUAUUUUUAUUAAUGAGACCUAAAAAAGGUGUUAAUAUUAAUGACAGAAUUAAAAAUAUGAUAACAUUACCAAUAUUUGAUAGAUUGAGAAAAAAAAAACCACAAGUAUUUGGUAAAUUAAUAGUUGUUAGUGGUGAUUCUAUGAAAGAAGGUCUUGGUAUUGGUGAUUUAGAAAGAAGAUUUCUCAUUGAAAGAGUAUCAAUAUUUUUUCAUGCAGCAGCAAGUGUUAGAUUUGAUGAUAGUUUAAAAACAGCUGUUAUGAUGAAUACGCGAUCAACACGUGAUGCAUGUAUACUUGCAGCACAAAUGAAAAAACUUGAGGUUUUUAUGCAUGUUAGUACAGCUUAUACUCAAGCUGAUAAACCAAUUGUUGAAGAAAAACAUUAUCCAUCAGAGGUUGAUUGGAAAAAAACAAUAAAAAUUGCUGAAACAGUUGAUGAAGAAAUUUUAAAAACCCUAACACCAAAAUAUUUAGGAAAUUUUCCAAAUACAUAUACAUUUACAAAAAGACUUGCUGAACAAAUUGUUAAUGAUUAUUCACAUGUAAUACCAGCAAUAAUAUUUAGACCAUCAAUUGUAAUAUCAACAUUGACUGAACCAAUGCCAGGUUGGGUUGAUAAUUUUAAUGGACCAGUUGGUAUAAUGAUUGGUGGUGGUAAAGGUGUAUUAAAAGUUGUACUAUCUGAUCCUGAAAUAUCUGCUGAUUUUAUACCAGUUGAUGUUGCAAUUAAAGCAAUGAUAACUGCCAGUUGGAAACGUGGCCUCAAAAAAUUUACUGCUGAUCCAGCAGUACAUGUGUAUAAUUGUUCAUCAGCUGAUAUUAAAAGUGUAUCAUUGGAAGAAGUUGCUAAUCUUGGUCUUCGUUGUCAAGAAACAUAUCCAUUAGAAGGUAUUAUUUGGAAACCAGAUGUACUACAUGUACGAUCAAGAUUUACAUUUUUUAUAUAUGUAUUAAUUUUACAUAUUUUACCAUCACUUAUACUUGAUGGUAUAUUAAAAAUAAGUGGAAAAAAAACAAUGCUUGUUAAAUUGCAGAGAAAAGUUUAUAUUGCAAAUAGUGCAUUGUCACAUUUUACAACAAAUUCAUGGCAUUUUAAAAAUGAUAAAUUAUUGAAUUUAUUGAGUGAUGUACCACCUUCUGAUAUCGAAACAUUUGGAUAUGAAUAUGCAACAUUUGAUAUCAAUCAAUAUUUUACUAAUUGUCUUAUUGGAGCAAAAGUAUAUCUACUCAAUGAGAGCAUGGACAAUUUACCAGUUGCAAAGGCACACUUACAAAGGAUGAUAUUCAUCGAUCAAAUAUUUAAAUUUUUUAAAUAUUUAUUUUUAAUCUGGGUGAUCUAUAAAAUUGAUCCAAUUUCUUACAUCGUAUCAUUUUUCGACGACUUUAAAUAGUUAAUUUAAAAAUAAAUAAUAAAUUUAAAUUUAAAAAAAAAAAAAAUGUAGUUAACAGAUUUACAUUGUAUGACUAAAUAAAUUUAAGAGUUAAAAAUAAAAAAAAAAAUUUACUUAGAUUAAUUAUUUUAUCACGUUUUUUCAUGAUUAAAUUUACAAAUAAAAAUCUUUAUUUAAUUUGUUUUUUUUUUUAUCAUUAAAAUUAUAACUAAAUAUAUUUAAAAUAAAUAAUAAUAAUAAUUCUUGGUGUUUGUGUGUGUGUGUUUUUUUUUUAAAUAAAAAUAAACAAUAAAAAAAAAAAAAAUACAAAAUUAUAAUAAAC